UCAGAAUUCGCUUCUCCACCAAAGCACAGCAGCAGCAGCAGCAGCAGCAACAGCAGCGCCGCCAAACCUACAAGCUCGCACCCACCUCGCGUGCAUCACUCUUACUCAUCGGCAAAAAAUGGCUGCCUCAAGCAUCUAUCGGAUCACUCUCGUGCUCCUAAUCGGCCUCCUCUCCAUAUCCACCGCGUUCGCUGCAGAGGACCUCGCCCCGCAUUUCGAGAACAAGCCUCGAAAAGGCCUCUUCAGAGUGAAGAUCCGUCUCGGCGACAAGUCAUCACACCCCAUCCGCGGCUUGACGGAAAAGCCCUCCGCUGACGCGGUUCCGUCAACCUCCGCCCAAUCGCAGCUCUCCUCGCUGCUUGCGUCGACCACCUCCGCCGUCAGACGCAUUCUCCACGGCACGCAAAUCGGCCACCACUCGCCCGCAUCUGGCGCCGUAUCCGCCGGCCGCCACCACAACUCCCGGCUCCUACAGGACCUCGCUAACACCCGCAUCGCGACAACUCGCGCCAAUGGCGGGCAUCCCGCGGGCGUGGGGCACCACGGGGAGGAGAAGGGGCACCACGGGGAGGAUGCGGGGCACCACGUCGCGGGGAAGGGCCACCACGGGAUCGCAGUGGGGCACCACGGCGUGGGGAAGGGGCACCACGCGGUGGGGGAGAACGUGGGGAAGAUGAUCGGGCACCACCCCUUCGGAAAGGGCCACCACCUGAAGCCCGGCCAGCUGUGCCUCGGGAACCAAUCGGUGUGCGACGUUUGGAAGGGCACCGCUGAGGGCUUCGACACCUGCUGCGGGCGUGCGUGCCGCAACGUGCUCUCCGACAACUUCCACUGCGGCUCGUGCAUGACGCCGUGCAGUGGGUCGUCGCAGUGCUGCUCGGGCAUCUGCACCGACACGCUCGCCGACGCCCAGAACUGCGGCGCCUGCGGCCAGCAAUGCCUUGGCGGCGCCAAGUGCGUCGCUGGCGUGUGCGAAACGUACGGCGGCGCCGCGCCAACGGGCGCGGGAAGAUAAUAUAUGAGCGCCGGAGAUGGGGAUAGUGAUGGUAGCGAAAAGUAACUGUAACGGGGGAGCCAGCGACCUGUGCGAGCUCCGCACAAUAAAAGAAAUGUAGAUAGAAUAGGAGGCAAGUAUGUUAGGGCUAAAGUGCAAGGUCCCUUACAUCUAAUGGGACCAUCCAAUCUAAUGAGCACAGAAUAGAUUUCUUAUCGGGAAAUCCCGUUCUACUGUACCCCAGAGAUUACCAGGUGUCCCCAUCUGCUGCUGCUCGAAGUGCGACAUGAAGCUGAAGAACCUUUCCAUAAGGUUCGGAUCCACGCUUGAAGAGGGUGAUGGGGUCACCAUUUCCGGUGUUCUUCCUGUUGUUUCUUGAGCAGCGCCGGUCUCGGUUUGCAGUCCUGAAGUAUGCAAUCCAGAGUUGCCGGGUUGAAUGUCUUGGGCGCUGGGUGAGCCCGUAGAGAUUUUCUUGCCCUU